GGCUGCUCCGCCGACCCACCAGCUGCAACAUACACGAUCGCAAUGAGUUCCUCUGCAAUCCAGUCGCCGUUCCACCAAGACUGCCUGCGAGGGAAAGUCGCGCUUGUGACUGGUGGCGGCUCCGGGAUCGGCUUCCAAAUCGCCAGACAGCUAGGUCUCCAUGGGGCGAGCGUGGUCAUCAUGGGCCGUCGCGAGAAGUUCCUGUCGGAAGCAGUCGACCAGCUUCACGCUGACGGAGUGGCGGCAUCGUUCUUCACGGGUGAUGUGAGGUCAAGAGAAAGUGCCGAGGCCUCGGUGGCAUUCACGGUGAAGACCUACGGCCGCAUGGACACCCUCGUGAACGGGGCGGCCGGAAACUUCCUCGCCAAUGCGCACGAGCUUAAACUCAAGGGCUUCAAGACGGUCAUGGAGAUCGACACUGUGGGGGUGUUCAACAUGAGCUCGGCGGCGUUUCCGGCUUUGCGGGAGUCCGGCGCGGGCGCCAUCAUCAACAUCACCAUGACGCUGCACUACGGCGCGACCUGGUUCCAGGCCCACGCGUCUGCCGCGAAGGCCGCGAUCGACUCUCUGACAAGGUCCUUGGCCAUGGAAUGGGGCUCUUACGGCAUUCGGGUCAACGGCAUUGCCCCGGGGCCAAUCGCCGACACACCGGGAAUGGCGAAGCUCAGCGUGGGUCUCGGACGCGAUGAUGCCAACAAGCAUAUUCCCUUGGGGCGCAUGGGGACCACUUUCGACAUCGGGAUGGGCGCCGUUUUCCUCGUGAGCUCGGCGGCGUCGUACGUUUCGGGAGACACACUGGUGGUGGAUGGGGCGGAAUGGAUGUACAAGGAACCCCUGCUGAAGCCCGAGGCCGUGAGCCGCAUGUCUCGAGCCGUCGAGCAGCGGAGUAGAUCAAUGGGACCCACCAGCAAGCUGUGA